GCACUCGGUGUCACGACGGGAGGAGACUCAGGCCGGCCGCGCUCCCGCCCACACCCCUCCUCCCAGGCUCGUAGCGGCGCUCGGAGCCCCCUCCCCAGCGCUCCCUGCCGCUGGGCCGCCCGCCCAGACUCGCACCAAACUUUUCCGCCCUGGUCUCGGCAGCGUAGACUCUGGGGCCUCCCCGCCCGCCCCUUUCCCCGGUUCCACCUCGAGCCUCUCCCUGGACUAGGAGCAAGCAACCCCCCUCUCCGCGUCCCUCCCUCUCUUUCCAUCCUUUUUGGGGAGGGGCUCUCCACUCGGGGGAAUUGCCGAGGGUCACAAGCUCCGCGCUCGUCUUUCUAUUUCGCCUUCACCUGGAUAUAAUUUCCAAGCGAAGCUGCCUCCAGGAUGACCACGCUGGCCGGAGCCGUGCCCAGGAUGAUGCGGCCGGGCCCAGGGCAGAACUACCCGCGCAGCGGGUUCCCGCUGGAAGUGUCCACUCCCCUUGGCCAGGGCCGGGUCAACCAGCUCGGUGGUGUAUUUAUCAAUGGCAGGCCACUACCCAACCACAUCCGCCACAAGAUCGUGGAGAUGGCCCACCAUGGCAUCCGGCCCUGUGUCAUCUCCCGCCAGCUGCGUGUGUCCCACGGCUGUGUCUCUAAGAUCCUGUGCAGGUAUCAAGAGACAGGCUCCAUCCGGCCUGGUGCCAUCGGCGGCAGUAAGCCCAAGCAGGUGACAACGCCUGACGUGGAGAAGAAAAUUGAGGAAUAUAAAAGAGAGAACCCCGGCAUGUUCAGCUGGGAAAUUCGAGACAAACUACUCAAGGACGCGGUCUGUGAUCGAAACACCGUACCCUCAGUGAGUUCCAUCAGCCGCAUCCUGAGGAGUAAAUUCGGGAAAGGCGAAGAGGAGGAGGCCGAUCUGGAGAGGAAGGAGGCUGAGGAGAGCGAGAAGAAGACGAAACACAGCAUCGACGGCAUCCUAAGCGAGCGAGGUAAGCGGCGGCGCGCUGGGCGGCGCCCCGUCGUCCUGCGCCUCGGCAAACAUCCGCGCUCUGACGCUGGGGGCCUUGAGGGCGUCGCAGCCCGGCUCGUGUCAAGGUGCCUCCUUGCUCAUAUCCACUGCAUCCGGCUAAGAGCAUUCAAGGGAAGGACCAGAGACGCACUUGAUUUGAGCUGUGUGUCUCUGGAAAGUAAAACAAGCCUAAGCUCUGGGCUACAAACUGAAGAGAUCCGGGUUCUUGGGCACGCGGUGCUGGCACCCUUUCUCCGCCCUGGGGAGCGGACUAAUGGCUUCUUGUUGGCUGCGAACUGCCAGCCUCAAGAGAAAAACCUCCCCCGUGGAGCCAUAAGUGCAGCUUGCUUCCCUUUUACCAGCUGCGGGUUAUCUCCAGACUCUAAAGGUAACCCCCUCCCACAAAAAAGUCGACCCUUUGGCAACUGA